AUGGCCAUUACUGUAUUUUCUAAGGAGUAUGCUUCCUCAACAUUUUGCCUAAACGAACUAGUCCAAAUCCAUCAAUGUAUCAAGAAAAACGGUCGACUGGUUUGGCCAAUCUUUUAUGAUGUGGAGCCUUCUGAAGUACGACAUCAAAGAGGAAAAUAUGGACAAGCACUAGUUACACAUCGACAAAACUCAAGGGCUGAUGAAGAAAAAAUGAAAAGUUGGAAGCAUGCACUACAUGAAAUAGCUGAUCUUAAAGGUUCAUCAUGUGAUCCAAGGAAAGAUUAUGAACAUGUACUCAUUGAAGAUACUGUGGACCACAUCUUUAGGAUAAUUCGAAGGGCCCCUCUUGAUGUUGCCGAAUAUCCAGUUGGUUUAAAUUCUCGCUUGCAAAAAAUAAACUCUCUAUUGCAACUGGGGUCAAAUGAUGAGGUUAUCAUGAUGGGAAUUUAUGGAACUGGGGGAAUGGGUAAAACAACAAUAACACGUGCAGUGUAUAAUACAAUUGCUGAUAAUUUUGAUUAUUUGUGCUUUCUUGAUGAUAUCAUAGAAGGAUCUGGAAAACAUGGCCUAGAACAAGAGCAAGCCAGGAUGCUUUCAAAACUCUUAGGAGAGAAGAUAGAAAUUGAAGAGAUUAGUCAAGGAGUUAAGCUCAUAAAACGAAUGCUCAAAGAUAAGAAAGUUCUUUUGAUUCUUGAUAAUGUAGAUGAACGAAUGCAGUUACGAAAGUUAGCUGGGGCAUGUGAAUGGUUUGGUUGGGGGAGCAGGAUCAUUAUAACAACACGAGAUUUUCAUUUACUCAAGAGUCAUGGGGUUGAAAGAAGAUAUGAAAUGGAGGGAUUAAAUCAUGAAGAGUCUCUUGAAUUGUUAAGUUGGAAUGCCUUUGGGAAGAUGCAAGUUGAUGAUCCAAGGUACACAGAAGUUGUGAAUGAGGUGAUAAGUUAUUCCAGUGGUCUUCCCUUGGCCCUUGAAAUAUUAAGCUGUGAUUUGUAUGGUAAGAAUGUAAAUGAGUGGAAAUCUAUGUUGGAUGGAUGUAAAAGAAUCCCUCAUGGUAAGAUUCAACAAAUAUUAGAAGUAAGCUAUAAAGGCUUACAACAACUUGAAAAAGAAGUUUUUCUUGAUAUUGCUUGCUUCUACAAAGGUAGUGAAUUGGAAUAUGUCAAAAAGAUAGUAGCAAUUGCUCAUGAUUUUGACCCAGAUUAUCAUAUUGGAGUGUUGGUAGACAAAUGCCUUAUAAAGAUUUAUGGGGGCUGUUUUAUUCAAAUGCACGAUCUAGUACAAGAUAUGGGGAGAGACAUCAUUCGUCUACAAUCACCAAAAGAUCCAGGAAAACGCAGUAGGCUAUGGUCAAAUAAAGAUAUCUUGCGUGUUUUGGAGAGAAAUGAGGGCACAGAUGAAGUUAUUAUCAUAAUUCAAGUUGAAAGGUCUAAAUGCAUAGAAGUAGAAUGGAAUGGAAAAGCCUUCAAGAGUAUGAACAAUCUCAAAAUUCUUAUUCUUGAGAAUACAAAAUUUUCACAAGGUCCCAAAUAUCUCCCCAAUAGUUUAGCAGUAUUGAGAUGGAGAGGAUAUCCUUCAUCAAGUUUGCCACGUGGUUUUCGUCCAAAGGAUCUUGUUGAAUUCAAUGUGAGAGAUAGUUGUUUCAAUUCAACGGAAAUCAGUAAGAUAACGCAGAAUAUGAAAAUGAGUGUUUUGAACCUUGAAGGGUGCGAGUAUAUCAUUCACAUACCUGAUUUAUCAGGCCUCUCAAGUUUAAAGGAGUUACGGCUUGGUAAUUGCAAAAAUUUGAUUGAAAUUGAUAAUUCGGUUGGGCAAUUAGCAAAACUUGAAACUUUGAAUGUACGUAACUGUGCCCAGCUUACGACUUUUCCAAGUGAAUUGAAUACACCCUCUCUUUAUGAUCUGAAUCUGAAGAUGUGCUCAAGUUUGAAUUACUUUCCAGAAAUAGCAACUCGUGAAAUGAAAAUAAAAGAGUUGAAAUUGGUUGGAACUGGUAUAAAUCAAUUGCCUCUAUCAGUUGAAAAUCUUACUCAACUUGUAAAGAUAACACAUAUUGGAGAUGACACUGUGGGCAAGGGAAUUAGGUCAAUGAAGCUACCAAGUAGCACUUUUUUGUUGCCAGAACUUGAGAAGAUAGAUGUUGAAGGAUGCGAAGAGUUGCUUAUGGAAGUGGAGUCAAUGAUAUGUCCAAACAUAGGGAAUCUUCAACUACAAAGAUGUAAUAUAUCCAAUGAGAGCCUUCAUAUUUAUCUUACUUCAUUCCCCAAUCUUUGGUUUUUGGACUUGAGCGGCAGUGAUUUCACAAUUUUGCCCGCAUGCAUAGAACAUUGUCAAAAUUUGGAAAUAAUUAAGCUACGUGAAUGCAAGCAUCUAAUAGAAGUGGAAAAGGUUCCGCCUGGCAUACGAUAUUUGACGGCAGAAGAUUGUGUAUCAAUGAGUUCAGAGUCCAAAAAUUUAUUAUUGAGAAUUACUUGUAUCUGUAAUGCCCAUCAACAUUCAAUUUGGUUUUUAUGGCUACAACUUAGACAAUUUUUUGUGUGCCAGGGGGAAGCAUCCCAGAAUGGUUCGAUCACUGUAACAAAGGACGGUCCAUUUCUUUUUGGUUUCGUGACCCCCACCCCCCAUCUCUCUGUGUUUGUGCUAUUGCUCAACAAAUGGAGGAUCAUGAAUCGAUCCAAACAAAAGUGUUCAUAA